AUGGCAACUUCUAAGCCCAAGAUUCUGGUAGUCCUGACCUCUGCGGAUAAAGUCCCAAAGACUGGAAAACAGAUCGGAUGGUAUCUGCCUGAGCUUGCUCACCCAUUUCACGUCCUCAACCCUCGCGCCCAACUGGUCUAUGCGACUCCCAAGGGCGGCGAAUCUCCACUUGAUCCUGUAUCGGUGGAGCUCUUCAAAGAUGAUCCCGUGUGCAAGGACUUCCUCGAGAACCACGAGUCAGUUUGGAAGAACACUCUCAAGCUAAGCGACGUUGCCGGUCGAGCCUCAGAGUUCGACGCGAUCUUUUACCCAGGCGGGCACGGUCCAAUGGUAGACCUUGUCCAUGAUGAGCACUCCAAAGACCUCCUUCGCGAUUUCCAUUCGCAAGACAAGGUUAUUUCAGCAGUGUGUCACGGACCAGCUGCUUUCGUGAAUGCGACGACCGCAUCAGGAGAGUUGAUCUUGAAGGGCAAGCAGGUCACUGGUUUUGAUGACGUGGGCGAAGAAAUGUUCAAGUUUACGGAGGAUAUGGACUUUAGUCUUGAGAGGAGGUUGGGUGAGGCUAGUGGUGGAAAGUAUGUCAAGGCUGAGGAGGGACCUCUUGCGGAGAAGGUUGUUGUUGAUGGGAAGAUGAUUACGGGUCAGAAUCCAGCGUCGUCGAAGGGCGUUGCCGAGGAGAUCGCCAAGGCGCUUGGAGUGUAUUAA